AUGUUCUCGAUGACGAAUAUUGCGGCGAAAUCUUCGCAUUUCAGCGCGAUCAAAUCGUGCACUUUAUCCCAACGCGUUCACGUCGGAUACCACUGCGCGUUGUUACGAAAUCGACGUUCGAAGGUCCGGCACGUGAGAAGUACGUCGGCGUCUUCUUCGGUCGCGCACCCAGAGGAUGUGGAGAUUAAAAUCCCACCGAACGACGGCACCGUCCGCGUUCGGUUCGCGCCGUCUCCGACCGGGAGUUUACACGUUGGCGGAGCGAGAACGGCGUUGUUUAACUGGUUGUACGCGAAAAAAACGAACGGGAAGUUCAUCUUGCGAGUGGAGGAUACGGACACGGCGAGGUCGACCCGAGAGAGCGAACAGAGCAUGCUGGCAGAUUUGAACUGGUUAGGUCUGGAUUACGACGAAGGACCGGAAAAAGGAGGCGAAUUCGGACCGUAUCGACAAUCGGAGAGAGGCGCUAUUUACCAAACGCUCGCGCGGAGAUUGAUGACAUCGGGACACGUGUACAAGUGUUUUUGCACGGACGAGGAGUUGGAACAGAUGCGAGCGGAACAAGAGGCGAAGAAAUUACCGCCGAAGUACGUGGGGAAGUGGAAGACGGCGUCGGAGGAGGAAGUGAAGGCGAUGGAGGCGACUGGCGCGCCGUAUACGUACAGAUUUCGCGUACCGGAAGGCGAACGCAUUGAAAUCGACGAUUUGAUUAGAGGUAAAGUUGGGUGGGAUACGGACACGCUCGGGGAUUUUGUUAUUUUACGAUCGAACGGGAUCCCCGUGUAUAAUUUUUGCGUGGCGGUGGACGAUGCGACCAUGGGGAUUACGCACGUUUUACGAGCCGAAGAGCAUUUGCCGAACACGUUGAGACAAGCGUUGGUGUACGACGCGUUGGAGUUUAAGAGACCGACUUUCGGGCACAUGUCGUUGAUUUUAGCGCCGGAUCGCUCCAAGUUGAGUAAACGACACGGCGCGACGUCUGUUGGACAAUUUAAAGAGCAAGGAUAUUUACAGAAAACUAUGAUUAACUUUUUAGCGUUGUUAGGGUGGAACGAUGGCACCGAAAAAGAGAUUUACGAGGUGGACGAGUUAGCGCCUUUGUUUGCGAUUGAACGCAUCAACAAGAGCCCGGCGGUGUUUGAUACGGUAAAGUUGAACUGGAUGAACGGUCAACACAUUAGGUUAUUACCAGAAAGCGAACAAAACGAAAUGUUAGGGUUGGCGAUGGAGAAAUCCGGGGUGAUGAGCGCGACGGCGAGCGACGAGGCGAAGAAAAUGGCGAUUAGUUUGGUAAAGGAUUCCAUCGAGUUAACCGAGGACGUCAGCGCGAAAGUGAAGGAAAUUUUGGAAUAUCCGUUGCAAGAGGAAAUGAAAACGAACGAACAAAUGCAAAAAGUUAUCGAGGAUGAUUUUCAACCGAUCGUAGAUGCGAUCGUGAGUGCGCACGAAUCCGGCGAGUUGCAAGAGUGCGUAAAGAACAACGACGUGAAAAAAUUCAUCAACGCGACGGGUAAAGCGUUGGAAAGAAAAGGUAAAAGGUUGUUCAUGCCGUUUAGAAUCGCGUUGACUGGACGAACAGCUGGGCCAGAAGUCGGGGACGCUUUAGUGUUGUUGGGUAUGUUGAAAGAUGGGGAUUCAUCGAGUGCGGUUUUGUUGGACGAAAGAAUCAAAACGUUGAAGGAAACCUUCUCGAAAUAA